UGGCUGCUCAAGCUGUGCCAUUCAGUGCAUGAAACAGCCCUGAAGUGGAAACGUUUACGCGCAGAAAUAAUGUACUUCCCCUCUGGUUAGUGCGCUUUACUUCAACAUUAUAAUAUACAUAUUUAUUCUGUCCAGCAUUGAAUUAAAAUGUGGACGGUUCCGAGGCCAAAAUACAGAACGGAUUUGUGCACCGAGGGGGAGAUUGCUGUGAACAUUGGCGGAGUCCGAGUGGUGCUUUUCGGGGACGCUCUGAACCGCUACCCGGAGAGCAGACUGGCCGAGCUGCUGAACUGCUCAACCCAGGAUCAUGAGGUCAUCGCCGCGCUCUGCGACGACUUCGACCCGGGCAGAAAAGAGUUUUACUUCGACCGGGAUCCCGACGCCUUCAAGUGCAUCAUCGACGUGUACUACUUCGGUGAGAUCCACAUCAAACCCGGCAUCUGCCCCAUCUGCUUCAUCAAGGAGAUGGAGUUCUGGAAAAUAGACCAAGCAGUUCUGGAUGAGUGCUGUAAAAGCUACCUGAGCGAGAAGGAAGAGGAGCUCACAGAGAUUGCCAACAAAGUGAAAGUGAUUCUGGAGGACCUGGAGGUGGAUCGGUGCAUCACGCGCGCCCAGCGGUGCCAGAGGUCCCUGUGGAGGCUGAUGGAGAAGCCGGGCUCCUCCAUGCCGGCGCGCGUAAUUGCCAUCGCGUCCUUCCUCUCGGUCCUGGUCUCGGCGCUGGUGAUGUGCGUGGGGACCAUCCCGGAGCUCCAGGUGGCGGACGCCGAGGGAAAGCUGGUGGAGCACCCGAUCCUGGAGGCGAUCGAGACCGCCUGCAUGCUGUGGUUCACCGCGGAGUACCUGCUGCGCCUCGCCUCCUCUCCGAACAAGCUGCACUUCGCGUUCUCCUUCAUGAACGUCAUAGACUUCAUGGCCAUCAUUCCCUUCUACGUGGUCCUGUCCCUCACCUACCUCGGCACCAGCUCCAUGAUGGAGUUGACCAACGUCCAGCAGGCUGUCCAGGCGCUCCGCAUCUUGCGCAUCGCGCGCGUUUUCAAGCUGGCGCGCCACUCCUCCGGGCUGCAGACCCUGACCUACGCGCUCAAGAACAGCCUGAAAGAGCUGGGCCUGCUGCUCAUGUACAUGGGCGUGGGGAUCUUCGUGUUCUCGGCGCUGGCCUACACCAUGGAGCAAAGCCACCCGGAGACUCUCUUCAGGAGCAUCCCGCAGUCGUUCUGGUGGGCCAUCAUCACGAUGACCACGGUGGGCUACGGGGACAUCUACCCAAAGACCACGCUGGGCAAGUGCAACGCGGCCGUGAGCUUCCUGUGCGGGGUGAUAGCCAUCGCCCUGCCCAUCCACCCCAUCAUCAACAACUUCGUGGUGUUCUACAACAAGCAGAGAGUGCUGGAGACCGCGGCGAAGCACGAGGUGGAGCUGAUGGAGCUGAAGUCUGGCAGGGACGCGCGCAGGAAGAGCAGGGAUUGA